AUGGCUGAAUCCAAGGAGGACCUGGGAGCUGUAUUCACUAUACCUGACUUUUGGGAACCGUCGAGAUUCCUACAUCAAAUAGAUGAUGGCCCACAAGCUCAGAAUCCCUUCUUUUCUCCAGGGCUCAGAGAAGAUGUAAAAUCGGAGCUUGUCCAGCUUGGCCAAGUGUCAUUGGAGCAAAGUGGCUUCUUCAAGUUACCAUCUCAGCUUGAGCUUCAAGACAAGCCAGAGCCAGAAGUAACUGCGUCUACCAACAACAUCCAAGCCUCCACGGAAAGUCUAGCUGAUCCGGAAAUUGGCGAUGACAUCUGGGCACAUACCGAUGAACCAGAAGAGAAGACACCAGAACACAGGACUUGGGAUAGCUUCAUCUCCGGUACGCCGGCUGGCCAACAACAGCCUUUGGUGACGGAAGCUGGAGCCGCGGUCUACGAUGCCUUACUAGGUUGGUCCGUCGACCCUCUUGAACUAAAAAGCUCCGAUGUUCCUAUUGUCGAUAUCAAAGCCUACUUUUCUUCAUUGCUUGCUCUGGCUCUUGGUCAAGAAUCAAUCUUCUACGUCAAACAGGAGAAAGGCCGCUCUUUUGCACCGGCGAUUCCAAGCAUGCGGGUCACAGGGUAUUCCAAAGAUGUUCUCCAGGGCCUGGAAAAACAAUGUCACCGCUGCGGAUCAAUGCUGUUCGAAUUGCGAUCCUUUGUCAAUUCUACUUAUGUAAGGCGCACGUCCAAAUGCGGCGUUGCUUUGGCUGGUGUGCUUGAUCAAAUCCUUAAGGACGUUCAGCGACAUGUCGCUCUCCAUAGGCAGACACCGCGAUCGCUUUUGGAACUCCAAUCAACAGUCAAAGGAAUGCUUGCGAUUCUGAUACCAUUUCAAAGACUUGCUUCCAAAUUUCGCAAAGGUUACGAAGACCAACAUGUUCUCUCCCAGGUAUUCCAUGAAGCAUACUCAGUCGACUACGGUGAAGAACAACUCCGAGGUAUUAUGCGCGAAGUUUUACAGAGAGUCUCUUCGCCUUGGAUCGAGUUCCUGGAAGAAUGGAUCGGGACUAGGCAAGAAAAAGGGAUUCCCUUAACCAAAGCUAAUGUGGGAGCGAGCAAAGGUUUCGUCAAAGUCGAUACGGAGAAAUAUACGGACGAUUUCGGGCAGGAGGUUGAGGACAUUGACUUUCUCCUGGACGAGACCAAAAUGCCCCAUUUCAUGCCCUACGAUAUUGCCAAGUCUAUUUUUGAGACAGGCAAGAAUCUGCGGUUCAUUAGGGAGUGCCACCCUGAGCAUCCCUUGGCUUCAUCAGCUAUCAUCAGUGCGACCGAUCCCCCGAAGGUCAGCUGGCUUUACGACUGGAACGCCAUCGAGAACCUUGAGAAACGUGUAGCCAAGUAUCACGACGAUCUCUUAGGGGCAAUUCGCGACUGUUCGUUCCGGGACAGAGUCAACUCGGAAAGCAAUGGCCUUGCGAUUGAUUCUGAGAUCGCAAACCCGUUCUUUCGUGAAGACCCCAUGUCAGAAACAGCUGGAGGGCUCUUGAAUACUCUUACGGCACGUAUGGAUGAGCCCUUACCUGAUGAUGUGAGCAAAGAGGAUACGUUGAGUCAAAUCUUGCGUGAACGUCUUACCCAGUCUCCUACUCGCAAGUCCCAACCUCCUACCAAUGGCUUCGACUUCACGCCUCAUCCAUCGCUUCUUCCCGUGCUUUCGUUUGGGGGUAUUGCUUCCGCGCAAUCUGAGGUUGUUAAUCAGGAAAGUCUGAGGCUGCUGUUUAAUCACCAUGAUUUGCGUGGUCACCUGAAAAUGCACCGUGAUUUCCACCUCUUUGGUAGCGGCAUGUUCGUAAGCCGCCUGUCCCAUGCUCUAUUCGAUCCAGACCUGGAAACAGCCGAAAGGCAGGCUGGAGUUGCGAGGCAAGGAGGUGUCAUGGGCCUUCGCCUGGGAGGUCGAGAUACCUGGCCACCAGCGAGCUCGGAAUUACGUCUAGCUCUUAUGGGCGUUCUAGCCGAGAGCUUCGAUUCAGACAAUGAGUUCGCCAAGGAAAAGCUGGCUAGUAUAUCGAGGGAUGCAUCUGAGCUCCCAGGCGACAUGAGCUUUGCUGUUCGAGAUUUGUCGCAGGAAGAGAUCGACAAGUGCAUGAACCCAGACUCCUUGGAAGCUCUCGACUUUUUACGAUUGUCCUACAAGCCCCCUGCGGCAUUAUCCAGCAUCAUCACCCCUGUGAUUUUGACACAGUACGAUCGAGUCUUCAAGCUGUUGCUAAGAAUCAUGAGGAUGGUUUAUGUCGUCAACCAAUUGUUCUUAGAUGUCAAUGCUAGGACCAGUCGCUGGAACGACCCUGAGGACAUUUCCUACCGAUUCACUCGAGAGGCCCACCAUUUUGUCUCCGGGAUCACCUCAUUCUUCAUGGAUGCUGGGGUCGCCAUUCCUUGGGAGGCAUUCGAGGCUAAACUCGACAAAAUCGAAGCCGACUUGAAGAACCCCUCGACAGCCAAGGGUACAGCAGAUAAGGUUGAGAGUCCUGAUAGACUACGAGAGUUCCACUCCCGAGUACUUGAUCGAGUCAUGCUUUCUCUUUUUCUCCGGAAACGACAGCAGCCAGUGCUAAAUUUGCUCGAAGAAAUCUUUGGUGCAGUUCUGGAAUACGCCAAAUUUUCACGAUCCAAGGCUCUUGGAAAGAACCAGACCACCGACCCAAGAGAAUUGGAAGAAUUACAGCGUUUGUAUAGCAACUUCAAGAAGAAAGUGCAAAUCUUCAUGACUGUCUGCCGAGCCUUGACCGAAAAGAGCCGAUCAACAAGUAAUAAGGUCUCGGACGAUUUGGGGUUGAAACAAGAGGGUAUUGGUGAAGACCAUAUGGUCGCUCAAUUACUGUUAAAGCUCGAUAUGGGACACUAUUACACGAAACACUAG